AUGGUUAUGCCAUCAAGCUCAGAUGUUGAAAUUUCCCAUUGUGCUGAUCAUAAGGAAGUUUUUUCAGAGCCCUUGAUUCUUGAGCCUUUGCCCUUAUCAAUGCUUCCACCUGAACCUGAGAUCACUGAUGAAGAAUUUGAAAAAGAAGUGGAUUUGAUGAUGAUGGAUACUGACUCUAUGUAUGCGGAACCUUCGGAUGCUCAUGGUCUAUUUGUGGGUUUUCUUUCUAAGAUGAAGUUCUUGUGUUGGAACAUAAAUGUAUGUUGCUCUGAUAGAAAAUGGUUACAUGUCUUAAACUUAUAUAGGAAAUUUAGAUAUGAUGCUAUCUGUUUGAUUGAAACUAUGGUAGAUGAGGAGACUGUUCGCAAAUAUGUUCAUAAUUUACCCUUUGAUGUUUGGUUUGUUAUUACCUCGGUGGGUAAGUCUGGAGGACUAGAUUUAGGUUACUUUGAAAAAUCCAACAUAGAAAUUAUAAACUCUUCCUUCAACAUGAUUCAUUUGGUGUGUGACAUAACUCCGCGUAUUAAGAAUUGUCUUAUUUCUUUCGUUUAUGGAUCUUUAAACAACUUGGGUUUGAGAACACAAUGGAACCUUCUUAGUAGUAUAAACAAUGAGAUAAACAGAACUUGGUUACUUUUAGGUGAUUUCAACUUUAUCAUGCAUGACUCUGAAAAACUGGGUGGUAAUAUUGAAAAUUCGAUUGUUCCGAACUUUCUGAGAAACAAAAUGAUUGAGUUAAAUCUGAAUGAAGUUUACUCCUUUGGAAAUCCUUAUACCUGGUGCAAUAGACGAUUCAAAGUUCAUGCUGAGCUUAUAUUUGAAAAGUUGGAUAGGGGUUUUAUAAAUGAUAAAUGGAUUUCUUUACUGCCGCAUACUAGGGUCACAAAUCUAGGUCGUGUCUAUUCUGACCACUGCCCUGUCCUUCUCAACUACUUUCAUUUCAAAGACAAACUUUCCAUUCCGUAUAAAUUCUUUAGAUGCUGGCAAAUGAGUCCAGAUUUUAAGAAUGUUCUUAUAAAUUCUUGGUCUAAGUCAGUUAAGGGUUCAUCAAGUUUCAUUGCUGCGAGUAAGCUUAAAAACCUUAAGCAUGAUUUAAGUAAUUGGAAUCGGAAUUCCUUUGGGCAUAUAAAAACUACAAUAGGAAAAUUAAAUGCUGAAAUUGAGAAGCUUCAAUCUUUGCCAUAUAAUCCAACGAUUGGGUCCUUCAUUCUGAAUUACUCGAAGCAACUUGAUUAUUGGUAUGAGGUUGAAAAUUCUUUUUAUAAACAGAAAUCAAGAAUUGAUUACUUCAACUAUUAUGAUAAGAAUACUAACUUCUUUCAUAAUACAGUUAAACUCGGAAAUAUGUAUAUACUAUACACACUUUACGUGACAGUCAUGCCUAAUAAUAGCGUAAUUGAGGAAGUUCUUAAAGACAUUCAGCCUAUUAUAACAAAUGAUGUUAAUACCAGACUAACUGCCAUUCCUACUUCGGGUGAAAUUCUUGAUACUGUUAGAAACAUGGCUCCUUGGAAAUCGCCGGGGCCGGAUGGUUUCCCUGGUGGAUUCUUUAGAGAAAACUGGAAUGAAGUAUCUUUAGAAGUUAUUAAUCAUGUGCAAUCUUUCUUUAGGACCAAAUUUUUUCUUAAACAGCUGAACCAUACCUUCAUUGCGCUGAUUCCUAAAGUUAAUAACCCAACAAGUCCCCAUGAUUUCAGACCUAUUAGUCUUACAAAUACAAUCUAUAAUAUUAUCUCAAAAAUUCUUACGAAUAGACUAAAACCCUUACUUGAUACUAUUAUUUCGCCUUUUCAGUCUGCUUUUAUAGCAAAUAGACAAAUUCAAGACAAUAUUCUAAUAAGCCAUGAAAUUUUACACUCUUUUAAAACUAGGAAAAGGAAUAAUAAUAAGAAUGGGUUUAUGGCUAUUAAGUUAGAUUUAUCAAAAGCUUUUGAUCGCCUUGAGUGUCCUUUUAUUAUUGUUGUGUUUAAAAAAUUGGGUUUCUCUGAAGAUUGGUGUCAUCUUAUUUUUCAAUGUAUUAGUUCGGUGUCGUACUCGGUGCUGGUUAAUGGAUCUCCCAGUGAUAUCUUUUAUCCUUAUAGAGGAAUAAGGCAAGGAGAUUUCCUUUCCCCCUACAUAUUUAUAUUAUGCAUGGAAACUUUGUCUCAACUUCUGCUGAAAGGUGAAAAGGACAAUCUGAUCCAGGGAUUUAAACUCAGGAAUCAUAGUCCUUCAAUUUCCCACUUGUUCUUCGCAGAUAACUGCAUGUUGUUUAUGAAAGCUUCCUUAACUUAUGUUAGAAAUCUUAUGAAGAUUAUUGAUUCUUUUGCGCAAGCUUCAGCUGUUUAUCAUAUUUCUAGUUUCCCUUUCCCUAAAAUGAUUACUGCUAAGAUUGACUCUAUUCAGAGAACAUUUUGGUGGUCGAAGAAAUACCCUAGGAGAGCUGCUUACUAUCGUUCUUGGGGUGAUAUUGGUAAAUCCAAAUUGAAUGGUGGACUAGGAAUUAAAAAUUCUUUUGCUACUAACAGAGUAUUUAUUGCAAAAAUUGGUUGGAGAUUGUAUAAAAAUCCAGAUCAUUUAGUUUCUAAAUUCUUCAAGGAUAAAUACUACCCAAAUCAAAAUAUGCUAGAGAUAGACAAAGCUGUUGAUUCUGCUUCUUGGACUUGGAAGGGUAUUGUAAAAGGUUUGACUUUCAUUAAGGCUAAUAUUGUUUACAAAAUUAAUGAUGAUAAGACUACAAGAAUUUGGACUUCUAAUUGGUUACCUUUUAGUGAUUCUCCUCCGAAUUCGAUGAAUCCUAAUUUCGUAAGUUACAGUUUUGUUAGUGAUCUUAUUGAUGUGCAGAGUAACUCAUGGAAUAUUAGUCUUAUUACCUCGUUGUUUUCUCAUGAUGUAGUCAACAAAAUCCUUGCUCUUCGAAUAAAUACUAGUAAACAAGACACUAUCAUGUGGGCUCACACUAGAAAUGAAAGUUUCACUAUUAAAUCUGCUUUUAAAGUGUACAUGAAUAAAUCUAUAGCUCCUGAAGAUGCUUUUUUUUGGAAGAAAGUUUGGUCUUUAAAUUGUCUCCCUAAAAUUAAGUGUUUUAUGUGGAAAAUUUUUGCUUAUAUGUUGCCUGUUAACUCUCUCCUUGUUCUGUAUAAUCCUGCGGCUGAUGAUUGUUGUUCUCUUUGUAAGAAUGAGUCUGAAACUGUGAUGCAUCUGUUCUUUAAAUGUCCCAUGGUUGUCCAUAUUUGGUUUCCGCUCUCCUUACAACAUAUGGUUGCUGGGAAUUUUGAUUGGGUGGAUGAUACUUUUAUGAAUUGGUUUGAUAAUAAUCUGGGUACCUCUCCCUUUAUUGUUGAUUGGCCUAGCAUUGGUGCUAUAGUAAUGUGGUCUAUAUGGAAAUUUAGAUGUGAUGUGAUAUUUAAAAACUCUACUAUCAGUUUGGACAAGGUUAUUUUGGAUACUAGAAGGAUGAUCAACACCUUUAUUGCUCCUCCCUCGCCCUCUGUUAAUUAUUUGAGUGAAGAGAUAGUUAAAACUCCUCUGCAGAAUGUUGAUUAUGUUAUCUUUCUGGAUGGCUCUUAUAAAGAUCUUAAUAUGGAUAUUGGAAUUGUUCUUUGUGAUAAUGCAGGAAGAGUAAUCCAGGCAAGAGCAGACUUUGGACUAAUUACAGGUGAUGUUGGUGCUGAGGCAACAUCCCUAUUUUUGUCUAUCUCUUGGGCAGAAGAGAUGAAUUUGUCCAAAGUCCUAUUUGUCAGUGACUGCCUUCAGCUGGUGAAGUUCAUUCAAGAUGGCAAGGAUGUUGUUGACUGGCUUUGUAGUGAUCUUUUAGAAGAUUGUCGGAUUUCUAUUUCAAAUAUUACUAGCUUUAGGGUUGUUCAUAUUAAGAGACUCAAAAAUAAGGCGGUAUUGAAUAGACCUCCUACUCUGGUGAACGAAGAUGCUUAUAUGGUUUGGGUUGAGGAGGAGAGUAUGUUGACCAGUCAAAAUCUCGUGAGACAAUAUAUCUCCGCUUUUCUAAAUUACAACAAGGUUAUCAGUCUAAGGCGAGAUCCACAUGCGCUCUAUUUACUUUCCUUCUCAUCGAGAAGAGCUGAAGGAACAGAGAGAAGCCCGAAACAAGUAGAGAGAAAGGAGAUAAGAAAAAUCGACAGUAAGGCAGCAAAAUCGAGUGAAAAUAUUGUGUCUGUUGAUUUGAAGAUGAUCUGGUAUAAUUGA